AUGGUUGUACUUCAUGAAAUUUACCAAGGAUCUCCAUCUUCUUCAUCAACUCAUGGUCAUAGAUAUGACGUAUUUUUAAGUUUUAGAGGUGUUGACACUCGUCAUAGUUUCACUAAUCACCUUUAUAACGCCCUCAUGCAUGCCAAUAUAACUACCUUCAUUGAUGAUGAAGAGAUUGACAGUGGGGAAGAAUUGAAACCAGAUCUGGAGAGUGCGAUCAAAGCAUCUAGGGCUUCUGUUAUUGUGUUGUCCAAGAACUAUGCUGCUUCCACGUGGUGUCUUGAUGAGUUGGUGUUGAUCCUUGAGCAACGUAAGACAUCCGACCAUAUUGUUAUCCCUAUCUUUUAUCAUGUUGAGCCAACACAUGUUAGGAACCAACAAAGUAGCUUUGGAGAUGCAAUGGAUAAACAUAGGCACAUGAUGGAGGCAGAAACAAAUGUAAAUAAAAGAAGUCAAUGGGAUGAAAAGAUGCUCAAAUGGAAUAAAGCUCUUAGAGAUGUUGCUGAUUUAAAAGGGAAGGAUGUAAAUGGAAGGCUAGAGGUGGACUUUAUCGAUGAAGUUAUUAAGGACAUCUUCCGUAGAUUACGCAUAUCCUCAAGGUUUCCACUACCACAACUUAUUGGGGUGGACAGUUCCAUUGAAUUCAUCACUUCAUGGCUAAAAGAUGCAUCCUCAAAUAGGACAGAUGUGCUCACUAUUUUAGCUUCAUUGAAGAUAUCAGUAGGAGAUGUGACGAAAAAUCUAAAGGAAUACUUCAUGUGCAAAAACAACUCUAUGAUGACAUCUCAAAACGAAGUUCACUUCAAUCUUGACCAAUUAGAUGCCUUACUUGGAAGCAAAGGUUUUCAUCCUGGAAGUAAAAUCGUAAUAACAACAAAGGAUGCAUGGUUGACAAAGAGUUGUGAACUAUUCAAAACGAACGAUACACUCAAGCAUGCAACAUACAAGCUUGAAGGCCUAGUUGAGAUUGAAUCACAAAAGCUUUUUUGUUUUCAUGCAUUCAUGUGCAACUAUCCCAAAGCAGGUUACGAAGAGGUGUUAAAAGAGCUAGUGAAGUAUUGCAAAGGACAUCCAAUGGCUCUUAAAGUUUUGGGAUGGAAGAAUCAGUUGAUGAUGCAUCAGUUGCUUCAAGAGAUGGGAAGAUUUGUGGUACGUGAAGAAUCAUUUUACAAGCCAUGGGAACGAAGUCGAUUAUGGGGUCAUGAGUCAUUUGGAGUGUUGACACAAAAUAAUGGCACAGAAAAUGUUCUAGGCCUCACCCUUGACAUGAGAAUGCUUGAGAAAGAGAUGUUACAUGGAUCACUUGAGUUAAAAACAGAUGCACUGAGUAAAAUGGAUAGGCUAAUGCUGCUACAACUCAAUUAUGUGAAAAUAACCGGAUCUUACAAGAAUUUUCCAGAAGAAUUAAGAUGGUUGUGUAUGCAUGGGUUCCCUUUGAAGUCCAUACCUUUAGGCUUACGGAUGGAGAAUCUGGUUGCUCUUGACAUGUCAUAUAGCAGUAUUGAAUCAUUUGGGAUUUUUUCUAGUUAUCCACAACGACUUAAUAAUAAGCUAAAGCAAUUGAUUGGAUCCUGCUCAAAAGACAAAAGGUUGCUUAAAUCGUUGAAAAUUCUUAAUUUAAGUUUUUGUGAACAACUUCGUAGUCUUGGUGGCUUCGAGCAUCUACCUAAACUGGAGAGCUUGAUACUUAGAGGAUGCUUUGGUUUGCUUGAGGUUUGUGAAUCAAUUGAGCUGUGUGAUGAACUUGUCCUUGUUGACCUAAGCUACUGCAACAAGCUUAGAAAACUUCCAAGAAUCAUAGGCAUGUUAAAGAAGGUUAAAACAUUGUUGCUAAACGGAUGUAAUCUCGGUGAAUCUCGAAUCAAGAUGAGGGACAUGGAUUCAAGGAAAAAGCUCAAGGGUGAUAGCAUUUCAUUAAACACAAAAAUGUCUUCCUCCUCCAUUCUCAAGGCCAUACCAAGUGAUCAGAAGUUCUUUACGAUUCAUUUACCGAUAUCUUUAGUAGAGUUGUCACUUGAAAAUAAUAAUUUGUCAACCGAAUCCUUUCCCAUGGACUUCAGUUGCCUAUCCAUGUUAGAGGCUUUAUAUUUAGAUAACAAUCCUAUUGUUUCCAUGCCCAACUGUGUGAGAACCCUUCCUCGGAUUGGGUUUCUUUCUAUGAAUAACUGUAACAUGUUGACGUCCGUUGAGCAUAUUCCACAAAUCCUAGAAGUUUUGAUCCUUGUUACUUAUUCUCCCGAGCAGCCUUCACUACGGAAAGUUGUAUUUGAUCGAGAAAUGUCCCCACUUAGGAUUUUAUCAGGGUACAUUCAGUGUGCUCUUUCGUCGUUUGAAUUUGAAGGGAUAAUCAAAAUCCAACCAAUGACAGCUGUUGAGGGAAGGAUAUUAUGUAGUUUAGGCUGGACUAAGGUACACUUCCUUAACAAACAAAUCCGAGUUUGCUCUGAUACAAUAUUUAGAGGAUCAGAGGAAUCUGAAAUUCAGAUGUAUUAUGAAUUUGGAAUAUUCAGCACAAUUUAUGGAGGCCACGAGAUGCCGAAUUGGAUUACUGAUAGAAACCCAGGGUCAUCUAUAUCAUUUACCAUCCCAUCAUCUCCUAGCAAGCUCAGAGGAUUGAAUUUCAGCUAUGUGCAGAUGGCAUUGGAUGUUAAUGUCAAACAUUUGCCAAUGAUCAAAAUUAGUAAUAUAACAAAGAACCUCACCUGGAUAUACCAACAUUACAUUGAAACUGUCAAUGUGGGUGAAGAGUGUUUCACAUUUUCAAGCCAUUGGAUGUUUGGGAUGGAUGAGAUGGCCUGUGGUGACAAAAUUAAUAUUACCCUGUGGCACAAACGAUUUUUUAAUGAUAAUAAAUCAGUUACUAAGGAGUGCGGGGUUAGUAUUAUGUAUGAUAAUGGAGACAAGGAUGAAGAAGAAGAAGAUGCACUGGAUUAUUACAAGUCAUGGAAUCACAUUAUUGGUGGAGAUUUGACCGGAUUUCUGACAACAACAGGAGAAUACAUACUGCACACCUGUAGUUUUACGCGGAAUGGCUUUGAAUUAACUGGAUAUAUUCGUCAACUGGUUGAUUAUGGUUCCAAAUAUAAAGAUGAAUACAUGUGGUUUCGAGCUUUAUCUCAAAAGAAGUCUGGCAUACUUGGUGACACACGUGAGACAUAUCUAUGCAGAAUCUAG